GAGAAAGUCUUCGCCUGGCAGAAUGUGCCUGUUCUUUCGACAUUCUGCCAAAAGUUUCGGUUUUGAGGAGCCAGGAAGGUGUUGUGAAGUGUUGCGCAUUAAACUGGCUCAAUGUUGGCACGGAAGCCACAGGAAGACGUUGGUUUACAGCACAAGGAAGGGUUUGGUGGUGUUUCCAUUAAAGGAAAAAGCAAUGGACCUCGAGCUGCAACUUAGAGCAGCAGAAGCGCGUAGAGCCGAUUUAGAGCGGCAGCAUCAGGAAGCGCUCACAGUUUUGGCUGGAUGCGGUCCAGACACUUUAGAGGCUCGGCAAUCGCGCGUCCGCGAACUGGAGAAGAAAAUCGCCCUGGAAAAUGUCAGAUGCGAAGAACUCCAGUUGGAGCUGACCUCGAAUUCACGAACGCGAGUUUCGUCGUCAGUCGCUGGCUUAUCCAGCUACGGCUCCGGACCGCAACAUCAGUCCUGGUCGCAGUCAAAAGGUACUGAGAUUGAAAAAAUUAUGGCAAAAAUAGAGCAGGAUAACAGAAUAUUAGCUGAGUUAGACCAUAGUCGCAAUACAACACUAGGUCAGGGACUAGCGACAAGUGUCAGUUCUCAUGCUUUAGGAGAGUGUAGUCCGCCCAUUUCACCAAUCACCAUGUCCCAUACGACGCCCAGCAUUUACCCAAUCAACGCAUCGCUGGGCCAACAUAGUUACAACGCAGGCACACUGGCCAGUACCGGAGUGACGUACGUCUCGAACCCUGCCAGCGUCGGAGGGUACAAUUCGAGCCCCUACAACAGCCUCGGGCAGCACUACAGCACCAAUAAGUCCCUAAUGGGAACCACCGGGAUGAACAGCCUGGGCCACCAUCAGAUCGGCUUGGGGGCUGGAUCGCUUGGACAGCAAUCGGUUUUAGGCACUUUGAUGCAACCAAUCUCCAAUAUGACUGGCAACGUUUUGGGGGGCACUUCGUUGGCCUCUAGCGGCCUGGGCACAUCAAUGGUACCCUCCAACUAUGCGACCAGCUCCAUAUCGAACACCACUUUCACAAACCCGCUGGCCUCAACCAAUCACAGCAGAGUGUUGGGCCAGAGCUCCUCGUACAACAAUCCAUCAUUCAACAACCCGAUAUCCAGCACCCUGGGCCAGUACUCCACCCUUAACCAGUACUCGAAUCAGCUGCCGAUCGUCACCAGCAGCUACAGCAACGCUGUGACCUUUUCAAAUCCACUCAGCUCGCAGUUUAACAGUUUAGGGGCCACCCAGAUGAGCAUCAAGCUGAAAGCCAUGGACGAGGUUGAUCUGGGGCAGCGCCGGGCGGCCACCCCCGUUACCCCUCACCCACCGCCCUGGUGCGGAACGUUGGGUAUAACUGAUCUGCGACCGCGCAUGCUGGCAGAUGGUUUGGACUCGGACUGGAGUGGGGGUGCCACUGUGGCAGGGUUGCCAAGUGGGGAGCGCAGCUACCUGAACGGCCAGCAAAUUCCUGACGGGCAGGUGGACAUGCUGGAUAUACCUGGAAAGGGGCGGUGCUCAGUCUAUAUUGCCAGGUUUUCCUACGAUCCAGAGCCGGAGACCGAGGAGGAGCUCAGCAUAGUGGCUGGGGAUUAUUUGCUGGUUUGGGGGGAACCGAUGGGGCCGGGCGGCUAUUUGGACGCAGAACUGCUGGAUGGGCGGCGUGGGCUCGUUCCGGCCCAUUUCGUGCAGCGCCUAAUCGGCGACGACCUCCUGGAGUUCCACCAGGCGGUGUUGUCAACGCUGCGCGAGGAGGAGAUCAAUCAGGAAAACUUCGCGGCCGAUGUGGCGCGAUUGAACGAGCUGGCGGAGAUGGCCGAACAGCACGAGGACGACAACACUGGGCCCGAAGGUGAGGCAGCUGAUCUGCUGUUUUCCGUACUAGUGCCGGCUCCCAGGCAACUCACGCUAGAGCGCCAGCUCAACAAAAGCGUGCUGAUCAGCUGGACCACACCGGAAAAUGUCGGGCCUGGCAACCAAAUCGAAAGCUACCACGUCUAUGUGGACGGGGUGCUGAAAGCGACCAUCAAAGCCACCGAACGCACCCGAGCUUUAGUCGAGGGAGUCGACAGCAAUCGACCGCAUCGCAUCAGCGUUCGCUCGGUCACAGCCAAUCGCAGGACAUCACGUGACGCCGCCUGCACGAUGAUCAUUGGCCGCGACACGCAUCAGCUCGGCCCCAGCGCCGUGCGAGCUUCGAACAUAACCUCAACUUCAGCAGUGAUCAGUUGGUUGCCCGCCAACUCCAACCAUCAGCAUGUGGUUUGCGUCAACAAUGUGGAGGUGCGAACUGUCAAGCCGGGAGUUUAUCGACACACCAUUACAGGGCUGGCUCCUAAUACCCAAUAUCGGGUGACUGUGCGGGCGAAACACCACCGAUCGGCCCAGAACGUGGCAAAUUUAGCCGAGGAACUGCCCAUGCCAGCGGCGGCGCAUACGGAUUUUAGGACGCUUCCCAAGGGAUUGCCCGACCCUCCUAGUGACAUUCUAGUCGAACCCGGGCCCCAAGAUGGGACGCUACUGGUCACCUGGCACCCCAUCAGCACCCCCCAUCAUCCCGCCUCUGGCAUCACCGGCUACGCCGUCUAUGCGGAUGGAAAAAAAGUGACAGACGUUGACAGUCCCACUGGCGACCAUGCGCUGAUUGACAUUUCCAAACUGCUGGGUCUCAAUCCGCGUCAUGUGACAGUGCGUACCAAGGCCAGAGACAGCCAAUCAGCGGACAGCGUUCCAACCGCCAUCCCCGCCAGCGUUUUACGGGGCGGACCUAUCAGACGUCAGCAACCGCACAGCGCUGUCAUGCCCGCCCAUUUGAGGCAGCCAAUGCCGAGGAAUCAGCAACAGAGCCAGGGACAGCAGAUUAUCGAGCCGGAUGAAAAUCUGAGCGACAAGGAGAUUUUUCCGAACUCGCAGGCCCACAGACAGCAGCAGGGUGGUAUUCCCUCAAUAGCUCCCCGAUCGCUUACAGAGAUCACGAAAGAGAAUUAUGAUGCCAACAUGUCUGAGGACGAGCUGGAUAGCCGAAACAGGCGCAUGAUGGGCUUCAAUCGGAACCAGACCAGGCAACAGCAAAACGCCACGCAGCCGCAAAACGUGGCUGGAACAAGCGGCCCAACCAAUCAGCAGCAGUAUUACGGGGCUGGUCAGGCGCAACAAGUGGUGCAAAACCAAAGACAGAACCAGAUGAUGCGCAGCCAGCAGCAGCCGAUGCGCCCCUCGCCCAACAACCCCCAGAGAAAGGGGCGGGAGCAGAACGCCAACCCAAAGUACUUUGUGGCCCUUUUCGACUACGAUCCAGCCACAAUGUCGCCCAAUCCAGACGCUUGCGACGAGGAACUGCCCUUUUCCGAGGGGGACACCAUCAAAGUGUGGGGAGAGAAGGAUGCGGACGGUUUCUACUGGGGGGAAUGUAGAGGGCGCAGAGGCUUUGUCCCCCACAACAUGGUGAUGGAGCUGGACAGCAACCAUAGCAACCAAGCAAUUCAGCAACAUGGGGCUCCUGCACAUGGGAAUCAGCCCCUGACUAACCCGGUCAGGCGAAUGGUGGCGCUGUACGACUACGAUCCGCAGGAGUUGAGCCCCAAUGUGGACGCAGAAGUAGAAUUGAGCUUCAGCACCGGGCAGAUCAUCACAAUCUUCGGGGAAAUGGACGAGGAUGGAUUCUAUAAUGCGGAAAUUGAUGGGGUGCGUGGAUUGGUGCCGUCCAACUUUUUGGCGGACGCUCCUGAUCAGUUUGGGGCUGCCGGGCCUCAUGGCCCGAUUACUAGAGGAGGGCGUGGUGGACAGGGACAGGCAAGGGGCGCAGGUCCAGGGGCUCGAGGGCCCCCACCUCCUCCGAGAGAGACCCAAAUCAGGGGCCCCACUACUGGGGCGCAGCCCAGAGGAAAAGCUGCGAGGGAUGCUGAGACCCGGGCCUGGUAACCAAACCCAAAUGCAGCCAACGCAACCCAACCAGCCUCAACAGUUCGGCCCACCACCUUCCCAGAACACCUCCUCCUCAAUGGGCGGACUGUUCUCCAGCCUCACCGGAUCCAGCCAAUCGCAGCCGCCCUACGGGCAGGCCAAUCAGCAGAACCAGCGGAUCCAGCACAAAGGGGUGCCCCAAGUGGUCCCCAAUGUGGGGGGGAUGGCGCCUAGUGGGGCGCAGCCCCAGCAGGGGCUGCCGGGCGUGCCUGGUGGGCCCAAUCUGAUGCAGAAACUGAACGAAAUCACGGCACCCGGUGGGGACAUUCUGUCGAAGGGGAAGGAACUAAUUUUUAUGAAAUUCGGCCUGGGGGGCAAAUAACCCUUAAAUAGCUGGAGCCUUCGGCUGUUUUAAGGUUCACGUCGAGAGUGUGUUGAGGUCAAGGCUGCCGCGCGAUUAAGGUAAGGCCCCUUUGUAAGGGGCAUCUUGGCUAUGGGAAUAGGGGCUUGCAAUGUUGCGUUUAUCUUUAAGGGGACGCGGCCGAGAGAGGAACAUGAGACAAUAAUGAACUGUGCUCUAAAUGACCACAAAAGUCCAAUUUCUACGUUUGAAACACCGCACUUUUCUACUCGCGCAAUCAGCCGCAGAAGAGCGGGCGGAACUUUUAUUUUCCUGCCGGCAAAAAAGUCGCCAAAAAUCCCCCGGUCAGGCUGUAGCGGUGCAACUUUCCACUAUCACAGUUUGGUCUUUUCUCUACUCGGGACUGGAAAAACCAACCCCGCAGCUCUACCAGAUCGGGAGUAAUGAUUUUUUUAAACAAACGCUGCACCUGAGAUUAUCCGCCCAAUUUGGGCUGGUUGCCUAUUUCUUAAAAAAUCGCCACAAAUUAAUCAAAAUUGCUUUUCGAAUGAAACUUUCUCCUGUACUAUAGAGCCAGUCUUUGUCCAUGCAAUGGUGUAAAAACGAACCGCCCAGCUCUAACCAGUUCUGAGCAAUUAUUUUUUGAAAAUCAGCGGCAGUAGAGGGCAAAAACGCAAAUCAUCAGAUCGCUUCAAAAAUUGCAAGUAUUCAAAUUUUGAAAAGUCGCCAAAAAUCUCUUGAAAAUUUGUUUCUAAUCUAAAUUUCCGUCAGCAUAGAGCCGGGUUUACGCCACGCUCUGGCUCUAACCAGGUGUGAACAAUUAUUGUUUGAGCUAACCGCUGCAAUAGAGCGAGGAUUUGUAAGUGUUCGAUUUAAAAAAUCGCCCAAAAUUUUUGGAAAAUGACUUUUUAACGAAACUUCUCUAGAAUAUAGAGCCAAUCUUGUUAUAUUCAGUAAUGCAAAAACUAACUCUCCAGCUCUGUCCAGGUUUGAGCAAUUAUUUUUUGAACAAAGAGUGGUGAAGGAGCAGCAAAUCGCAAAAGUUCAAUUUCAAAAAUUCCUCAAAAAUCUUCUGGAACUGAGUUUCUAAUGUAACUUUUCAU